GUGACAUCACAAGGCUGUGGAAGCAUGGAACUCGGUGGCCGGGAUGUUUCUGUAGGUCCACCUCCAGACCACCGCCUGCGGACACCAUGGCUGAGGGGAGUGAGCUGAUGAACAGGCUCAUGAGUGAGAAUGCAGACCUGAAGAAGCAGGUGCGCCUCUUGAAGGAGAACCAGAUGCUGAAACGGCUGCUCAGUGAGAGCUGCCAGGAGAGCUGUGGCCGAGGUGGCCGGGACCUCCUCUUCCCCAAGGCCCCCACCUACCCUGAGGCCUGCUCCCCUGGGAGUGGAGGUCCAGAUUUUGGGAGGUUUUCCAGUGUCCCUGACACACCUUCCCAGCUGCAAACAUCCUCUCUAGAGGACCUGCUGUGCUCACACGCACCCCUCUCCAGUGAGGACGACGCCUCUCCAGGCUGUGCCACAUCCUCCCAGGUGUCCUUCAAGGCCUUCCUCAACCCUCCAGAGUUGUGUGCCAGAGGCACUGACAGGAAGCUGUCCCCAGUCCUGAGCCCCCUACAGGAUCCACUGGUGGAACCCAGGGAGAUGGUGCGGCCUAAGAAGGUGUGCUUCUCAGAGAGCAGCCUGCCCACGGGGGACAGGACCAGGAGGAGCUACUACCUCAACGAGAUCCAGAGCUUCGCGGGCGCUGAGAAGGACGGCCGCAUCGUGGGGGAGAUCGCCUUCCAGCUGGACCGGCGCAUCCUAGCCUACGUGUUCCCUGGUGUCACCCGGCUCUAUGGCUUCACAGUGUCCAACAUCCCAGAGAAGAUCAAGCAGACCUCCAUCAAGUCCCUGGACGGCUCGGUGGACGAGAAGAAGCUGCGCGAGCUGACGCACCGCUACCUGACGCUGACGGCGCGCCUGGAGAAGCUGGGGUACAGCCGCGAGGUGCACCCGGUGUUCAGCGAGUUCCUCAUCAACACCUACGGCAUCCUGAAGCAGCGGCCCGACCUGCGCGCCAACCCGCUGCACAGCAGCCCGGCCGCGCUGCGGAAGCUGGUCAUCGACGUGGUGCCGCCCAAGUUCCUGGGCGACUCGCUGCUGCUGCUCAACUGCCUGUGCGAGCUCUCCAAGGAGGACAGCAAGCCGCUCUUCGCCUGGUGAGCGCGCGCGCCUGCCACGGACCCGCG